CCGCCUGGCCAGCAGGGGCGGCCUCUCCUGCCCGAGGUGGCCCCGGGCUGGCAGGCAGGCCGCCUCGCCUUCACCGCGCCUGCCCGGGCCGAGCAGCCAGUGCGCGGGGGCGCGCCGGGCGGACUGCGGCGCUACUGCAGGAGAGGUAGCGGCUCCGGCCGGACGCGGCAUCGUUUCGGUCAAGUCGAGCGGACGAGACGCGGGGCUGCGAGACCCCCCCGGGAUUUUGCAAUGACCCCAGCCGGCGAACAGUGAUGGGACCGAAGUAUCUGUGCACCCGGACCCUGUGAAGUUUACUGGGAGCGCUGGUGGGAGGAGAACUGAACGGUGAGAUGCAAUAGCACACUGAUGACACAGAGACAUAGAGGUGAGAGCUGCUGGCUGUCAGCUCCUGGGUCCUGGAAUCAAUUCUAGACCGAGGUGUCGUCUGGGUGGAGUUUGCAUGUUCCCCUGUGUUCAGGUUGAAUCCAUCAUGUGUAAAUUGUUGUGGGCCAUCUGCUUAAGUCUUGUGAAGACUGCGAUUAGGUUGGAAUCUGUGCAGAGAGCAGUGGGUGAGGUGCCACGCCGAGCUUCUGUGCGUCUGCUUCCUCAGCCCUCGACUUCUGCAGCAGAUCUGGGGGUUAUAGAACUGCAGCUGGGAGCUCAGAACAAGCGCUGGAAUUUAUUCGCUUCAUGAGGCAUCUGCAGAAACAAGCCUGCAGGUGUGCGCUGUUUGAUUUGGAGCCUCUCUUCCCUGGCGGCGCGGGGCUGUGAGUGAGUGAGUGAGUCUCCGCCGGAGCGGCAGGCGGACGGCUGUGUCACCGAGCCUGCCUCCCCCCCUCCGCAGGCGGCUGCAGCAUGCGGCGGGAUGGACGAGGAGGAGCAGAAUCACUACGUCUCGCAGCUCAGGGAGGUGUUUGACAGCUGCGACACCACGGGCACGGGCUACCUGGACAAGGAGGAGCUCUCGGAGCUGUGCCACAAGCUGCACCUGGAGCCUCACCUGCCGGUGAUCCUGAGCACGCUCCUGGGCCCCGGGCACUACGCGCGGGUGAACUUCGAGGAGUUCAAAGAAGGCUUCGUAGCGGUUCUUUCGCACUCCCUGGAGCUCAGCACCUCUGAGGAAGAGAGCAGCUAUCUCGAGCCAGUACUCGCAGAGGAGGUCAAGCCCAAGUACGUGAAGGGGACGAAGAGGUAUGGAAGGCGGUCUCGGCCCGAGGCCCGCGGUUCGGAAGUGGAGAUCGCCGAGGACCCCGAGACCCCCGGCCCCAGGGCAGCCAGGGCAGAGCCCUUCUCCUGGGGCGCCCGGGCAGAGCAGCUGAGGCGCUCCGCCUCGCUGGAGAGUGUGGAGAGUCUGAAGUCGGAUGAAGAAACAGCAAGCAAUAAGGAAGCAUAUAAUGAGACAUUUGAGUCACAAGGCCAGUCCAGGAGGUGGAAGCCGGACGCUGUCAGCAGCCUGAGACAGACCCCCGGCCCCCGGGACGUGACGGACGGGCAGAUGAAGACCAUCUGGGACGAGCUGGGGGUGGGCGGCAGUGGCUACCUCAGCAGGCAGGAGCUGUCCUUGGUGUGCGACAGCAUGGGCCUCAGCGGCCUGCAGUCUGAGGAGCUGGAUGCACUGUUUGCAAGGCUGGACAAGGACCGGGAUGGCAGAGUGAGCCUGAAGGAGUUCCAGGAGGGGCUUUUCAGACACGCCCCCCUGUCCGCUCCCACCACCUCAACCCCCAUCAAACCCCAGCAGCGGGGGUCCCUCAGCCAGGCCCUCGAGGACAGCGCCAGCAGGUCGGCCCGCCCCUCUGUCCUCUCCACCACCGUGGGGCCCCGCUUACUGUCCUGCCUGGACGACGGCUCUGGGGGCGCGAGUCCGGAGCAGGUCAUCGGCAUCUGGAGCAGCGAGGGGAUCAGGAACGGCAAGGACAUCCUGCAGAUCCUGGAGUUCCCUCUGGAUGAGAAGCUCAGCCUGGCAGAGCUGACCCUGGCUUUGGAUAAUGAGCUGCUCUCAAGCGCCAAUGGAAUCCAUCAAGCUGCACUCAUCUCAUACAAAAGUGAAAUCCAGUUCCUGCACGUCCAGGCGGAGCAGGCCUGCAAGGAAAGAGACAAGCUGAAGGCGGACCUGGAGCGGGCCGAGAAGAGGAACCUGCAGCUGGUCAGGGAGGUGGACGACCGGCACGCUGCCAUGGAGUCUCUCAACGAAAGCAAGAUCAAAGACCUUGAGCAGGACUACAGGGACAAGCUGUCUGCCAUCAGGAGUGACCUGGAGAGAGAGAACGAGCUGCUCUGGCAGCAGGCGAACCAGCAGAAGGCUAAACUGGAGGAAGACCUGGCGACUCUGCGGGCGGAGGACACCAGCCUGAGAGCAGACGUUACUGCAGCUGCUGAGGAGAACAGCCACUUGGAGAAGGAGGUGAACGAACUGAGGAAAAAACUCUCGGAGUCAGAGAAAACCAUUUCCAAACUGCAGAAGGACCUGGACAAUCUGCUCAUGUCGAAGUUUGGAGCUCUGGAUCCGCAGGGCUGUGGCCUGCUGGGUCAGGAGGAGCGUUUCGCGGAGAUAAUAAAGGAGUACGAGCUGCAGUGCCGGAAGGUGAAGGAGCUGCGGGACAGGAAUGACGAGCUGCACACAGAGCUGGAGAUCCUGCGGGGCCAGGUGACAGACAGAAGGUCACGACACAGACAGGACACCGGGUCCAGCCACCCCCGAGCUGCAGGCCGGGCAGCGCUCACUGACUCAGGUCCGAUCUCUCCUGAGAAGGAUCCAGAAAACAUGAGCAUCGAGACAGAGCUGGCAGUGCAGCAGCUGAAGGAAAAGCACCAGCAGGAGGUGCAGGAUCUGAAGAUACAGCUGGAGACCAAGGUGAACUUCUACGAGCGGAGCAUCGAGCUGAUGAAGAGGAACAUGGAGGUGGAGCGCAAGGACAUCGAGCAGGGCUUCAAGAUGGAGAUCAGCGAGCUGGAGGAGCAGAAGAGGCAGCUGGAGGAGAAGAGCGAGCGGCUGCAGGAGGCCAUGGCGGGGCUCAGGGCCCCGCUGCCCUCCUGGGGGCCGGAGCACGACAAGAGGCUCCUCCGAGAGAGGGCCGAGCUGGAGCAGAGCUACGCCAAGGAGAUCUCCCACCUGGUCCAGAGCCUCACGGCGGAGAAGGAGCAGCUGGAGGAGGAGCUCACGCAGAAGCUAGAGCGAGAGCUGCAGCAGAUGAGGGAAGAAGCAGCGGAGGAAAUAGAGCAAAGGUUGUCCGAAAGGGAAUCCCAGCAUGCUGAAAGCCUGAGGACACUGGUGCACCAGCUGUGCCACGAAAAGAGUCAACGUCAAAGCCUCAAGGAGCACUAUGACCGGGAGAGGAUUCGGUGGGAAUCCGGGGAGCAGCAGCCACUUUUGGAAAGUGGGAACGACAAACGGAUCACUGAAAUCCAACAACUCACUGUGGAACUCCAGGAAGAGGAACUGGAAGUGGAGGCAAAGGGAGAAGGCGGGCUUCUCCACAUGCACGUGGAGCAAAUGGAUGAUUGGAAUUUCUUACAGGCCGGACCUGAAUCUCAACUGAAGGGAAAGAAGAUGUUUCAAGAGAACUACAGUGAUCAGUCCUCAGUGUGUCACCAGCAGGAAACACAGUUAAAGUCCCAGGAAGAUGAGUUACUUCUUCUGCAAAGAAAGUUGCAAAAUGCUCAGGAUCUCUUGAAAAACACAGAAGAAGAACUUCUGCCAACAGACAAACUAACGUUUGUAGAGGAGGACAAAGGGGGACUUGUGGAGAAGCUGGAAAAUCAAAGUGUUGUUGAUGAGCAGUUGAACGCCCAGUAUAAAGAUCAAGAUAAGGAUUUAGAGGAUCUGAAGAAGAGCAAACAAAACCUUCAGAACCAUUUGGAGCAGGAAGACAAGGGAAUUAUUGAGGUUGUGACAGGUGUGGACUCAGAGAUGGAAGAGAACAGGUGUCUCCUACCAGUCUACAUAAAGCUGGCUAGUCUUUCAAAUCAGCUAGUGAGAGAUGGAGAAUUGUCACUGCCAACAGGAGAAACUAAAGACUUGUUGUUUCAGUUACAGCAGAAGGACAGCCUGAUCAAUGAACUGCAGGUCCUACUGGACUCCGAGAUCAGAGCAAAAGACCAUUUAAUGUCCAAAAUCAGAAAGAUGGAGGACUUGCUAAAAAUCGGUGACAAACUCCCGAGAGACCCAGCAGACAGAAACCAGCCGUUGUGCGCUGGGCUGGUGCCCAGAGGAGAUGAGCUGUCUGAGCUGAGGAGGCAAAGGGAGGACUUGGUCAUAAAGUUGCAGCAGACGGAAUUGGAGGCACAGGAGCAGCUACGUCAGGCAAAGCAAGAUUUCGAGAUGGAGAAGAACAAACUGAAGGAACAGCUCUUUCACAUGGAAAAACUGGUAACUGACUUGGAGGCAGUAAUGGGUGAAGACGGUACACACAGGGCGGAACUGGACAGGCUGACCAGUGAAAACUCGACGCUGAAAGACAGGCUGUCUGCACUGCAGCAGGACUCCCAGAAGCUAGAGGUGGAUGUCAACAGAAAACGAAAGCAGCUGGAGCAGAUGACGAGUGAGAAGGAGACGAUUCAGGCUAAAUCAGAGCUAAUAUCCCAAGAGAACACCAGGUGCAGGGAGGAGAUGAUGGACCUGAGCAACAGGAACCUGCAGCUGAGCAGCGAGAACGCCGAGCUGACCUCCCAGAUCAGGGCAGAGCAGAGCGCCAUCCAGCUUCUUAGCGAGAGGCUGGCUGAGGCCUCCAGGCAGACAGGGGAGGAGGCCGCAGUCGCCGGGCAACUGCGGGAGGCCGUGGCCAGGCUGGAGGGCGAGCAGGCCGGCUGGCAGAGACAGCGCGAGCUGAUGGAGCAGGAGCUCCGCGCCGCCAGGGAGAAGCUGUCGCGCCUGAGGGACCUGGAGUCAGAGCUGUCCAGCCUGGCUCUGAAACACCAGUGGCUGGAGCAGGACCGGCAGAGGCUGCUGGAGGAGGCGGAGGAGAGAAACCGCAAGAUGGAGAAGUUGCAGGCCUCCCUACAAGCCCUGGACUCCCAGACAGAGCAGCUGCACUCCGAGCUCCGGGCAGCAGGCCGAGACAAAACCCGUCUCGCCCAGGACGCCGCAGCCAGUCAGGAGAUGCUGCAGGAGGCCAAGGACAAGGUCCAGGAGCUGGAGGCCAGUGUCCAGAGGCUGUGUCACGAGAAGGAGCAGCUUGAGAUCUCCCAUCGGCAGCGCGAGCAACAGGAGGUCCUGUCCCUCAGGAGAGAGCACCAGGCCCUCAGAUCACAGCACGAGGAGCUCCUGCAGAAGGUGGAGCUGCUGCAGGCUCGUGAGGCAGAGCUGACCCAGGUGACGCAGGAGUGCCAGGCAUUGAAGAGCAAGCAGGCGGAGCUGGAGGCAGAGCUGCAGGAAUCUCAGGAUCAGCUCCUGCAGGCUGGUGCGGCCCUGGUCCUGGCCCGCUCGCAGCACGCGCGGGAGGCGCAGCAGCUGAGGGAGCGGGCGGGCGCGGCGCUGUCCAGGGAGCAGGAGGCCGAGCUCCGGGCCCGGCUGGCGGAGGAGCACCGGCGCGGGCAGCAGCUGCAGGAGCAGCUUCGGGCCCAGGUGGAGCAGGCCAGCACGCAGAUGGGCCUGCAGCAGGAGCAUUAUGAGACAGUGCUGAAACGAACGGAGGAGAGGAUGAAGGAGGUGGAGCUCAAACUGAAGACUCUCCGGGAGCUGCUGCAGGAGAAGGUGGAGCAGCUGAAGGAGCAGCUGGCCAAGAACGCCAAGUCGGAUGUUUUGCUGAAGGACCUCUAUGUGGAAAACUCCCAACUGAUGAAGGCGCUGCAGGUGACCGAACAGCGGCAGAAGACCGUGGAGAAGACGAACUUUGUGCUCGAGGAGAAGAUCGCCGCCCUCAACAGGCUGCUGCGGAAGAUCGCGCCGGCGACGCUCAUGGCUUAGCGUCCCGAAUGGUCACCCAGGCUGGAUGCCGGUGCCGCUCGCCCUGGGAGCGGGGAUAAGGAUUCCCAGUCCUCCAGGGCCAAAACUCCUGCAGGCUUCGCUCAGUCUACUGAUGAAGACCCACACGAGGUGACCUGGACUUCUCCGUCAAACAUGUGGGUCCUUACAUCCUCAAGGUCAAAGGUGGAGUGAAGACAGAGGACCCUCAGGGCCCAAGAGAAUGGAGUUUCCCACCUCUCCAAUAGGGAAUUCAGGAACAGAACAUUCCGAUUAUUUUUCCCAAAGCCAUUGAUGAUUACUGCGACCCUCUUUGCUUUGUUAUUGGACACAGGUUUUGGUUUCCUAGCAGGGAUUGAUGCAGUCUAUGUUAUCAUAGACUGCUUGAGCACACUCUGCAGGUACAUUAUAUUCCUUAUUCGAUUUUUGGGGGUAUGUUUCAGGGUAUUUUCUGGGCAGAGUCAAUUGUUUUUCUGUCUGAAGACAGGUGUUGCAAGAGAGCGAAGUCAUCACGCGAGCCCGCUGCCGCAGCAGAGCUCAGCUGGCCCUGGACCGCCCCGUACGGCUGCUCCGGGUCUCGGCCUGGACUGGCUCCACCUCGUACCGCACAGCGUUCUUAUUUUCUCAAAAACAACUGGGAGACUGUGUGAUGUUACUUCCCUAUCAAAAUAAAACUAAUGUAAAGAUGUAAAAUUACAUUAAGUAUUAUGGUUAGACAACAUGAGACAGGCACUUGUGAAGUAUCUAAAUCAACUGAAGAGAUCAUGUAUAAUUCAAGCAGAAUUGAAGGGGAAUAUUUUUCUCCUUUUCAAUGAAGUGUUACAAAAGUCUUAAGCGGCUCAUAAUGUGCAGGAACAUGUACAGUUUUUUUUAUACAAGUGUGUAUAAAUCAUUUAGGUUUUUCUGAAAAUAUUUUUGAACAUAUGCACACACCUUUCUAAACUCAAUGCACUGCUGUUAAGACCUUGUUGUAUGUAAGUUAUUCAUGUUUUAAGUAUUAAAAUAUUUUGAAGUAAAAGAGGAAGUUUAAUUCAGACCCUCUGGACCUCAGUGGC